GGUCGGUAUGACCCCGCGGAGGAAAUGUUAUCAGGGUAGAUGUCAUGUUGCGCGCACCGAAAAUAAGAAACCAGUUGUUCAUCCGUGCUCGUGCGUUCAACAUGCUGAGACCGUACAUCGUAUGUUUGUUGCUCUCUGUGCUACUGGUGGACGACACCGUAGCGAUCGAGGGUGUGAAAGGCGGCCAUCGUUCGCAUCGACCGAAUCCUAACUCAGCGGUGAACAGCACUAUACAAGCUGGACUUUGUUACAAGAGGAUACCGUACGCGGACGCGCUAGAGUUGAACUCUACCGGCCAAUUCCCGCACAACACUCUUCCGACAACUCCCGAAGACGCUGCGAAAGGCGGAUGGAUCACAAUAUUGGACUGCUGCGACGGCUACGAGCGCAAUGUCACUUCCGGCGGCUGCGAGCCUCGCUGCAUACAGGGUUGCCUGGGCGGGAGGUGCACAGCGCCUAAUCAGUGCACCUGCUCGCCAGGCUGGUUGCCUCAGGAAGGGGUCUGCAUGCCGUACUGCGAGAAACCCUGCCAGAAAGACGCCUACUGCUUCUCGGCGAACGUGUGCGCUUGCAAAUUGGGCUACGACGAGGUGAACGGCGAGUGCAAGCCGAUUUGUCCCGGUGGUUGCAAGAACGGCGAGUGCGUGGCGCCUCAUUUGUGCAGAUGCAGGCAAGGAUACGUGAUCAGACCGUCGCCCGAAAGCUCCGUUGGAAUCGAGGCGAAAGAGUGCAUGCCUGUUUGUGAAAAUGGCUGUCGAAAUGGAGAGUGCAUUGCUCCUGGUGUAUGCAAUUGCCAGGAAGGAUACGUCAAUCCUCCGGGAGACACGGAAUCCUGUGCUCCCAGUUGUCCUCAAGGAUGCACGAACGGCGAAUGCGUUUCUCCGGGUGUUUGCAAAUGCAAACCGGGCUACACGAUGGACCCAACGAACAAAUGCGUCCCGGAAUGUCGUCAGGGCUGCACGAACGGCGAGUGCGUCGCUCCAGAUGUUUGCAGGUGCAAGAUAGGCUUCACUCUCGAUCCUACCAACAAAUGCGUCCCCGAGUGUCCUCAAGGAUGCACCGACGGCGAGUGUGUCGCUCCGACUGUCUGCAGGUGCAGACUGGGCUUCGCCCUGGAUCCCACGAACAAAUGCGUGGCGGAGUGUCCUCAAGGUUGCCCCAAUGGGAAAUGCACAUCUCCGGGAAUGUGCACCUGCAAUCCAGGCUACACUCUCGACUACAACGACAAGUGUGUCCCGGAUUGUCCGCAGGGUUGCAACAACGGCGAGUGUGUCUCUCCGGGUGUCUGCAACUGCAACGUUGGCUUCUCUCGCGACUCGAACGGCAGAUGUACACCUAUUCCAUCCGAAUCCAGCACCGCGCAGUGUCAAUUCGACUGUGGACCGAACGCUAGAUGCGUCGGACCGAACAGGUGCGCCUGCAACGUAGGCUUCCGCGUGGAUCCGGACACGAACAAAUGCGUACCGUUCUCGAACUCGUUCGAGUGUAGGAACGGUUGCGGUUCGAACGGCGUCUGCGUUGGGCCAGAUAUGUGUUUAUGUAACUACGGAAUGAGCGUGGAUCCAGUGACUGGAAGAUGUCCAGACACAACACCGCAUCCUGCGCAAUGUAGAUACGGUUGCGGGCCAAACGGAAUGUGCGUAGGUCCUAAUCAGUGUCUGUGUGCUCCAGGAUUUGUCGUAGAUCCGGACACAAAUAGAUGCGUUCCGCAGAGACCUUCGCAGAACACCGUACCGCCGGGUCCAAAUAUGACCGGCGAAGCGAUAUGCGAGCAACCAUGCUUGAACGGAGAAUGUACCGGAUUGAAUCGUUGUACAUGCAAACGAGGCUACACUAUGGAUCGAAAUGACAUGUCGAUGACAAGAUGCGUGCCUCUAUGCAUAGGUGGUUGCAUAAACGGUGUGUGCACAGCGCCUAAUCUGUGUCUAUGCAACUUAGGCUACAGAAAAGAGACCGGUGUAAAGGGUAGACAGAGAUGCGUGCCGAUUUUUGAAACAACGAGCGUAUGUUGCGACAACUACAAGAUGUCGCCAGCAGGCUACUGCGAGCCCAUCUGCAAAAAGGGCUGCGUGAACAGUAAAUGUACAGCGCCUGAUGUAUGCCAGUGCCACGAUGGCUACCAGAAAUUUGACUACAGAGAUAACCACUGCGAACCCAGGUGUUCCUGGGACUACUGCGAAAAGCACCACGCGAACUGUACCGAUCCAGAAGUGUGCACCUGCCACAAUGGUUACAGGAUCGUGGACGUAUUGAAAAAUAAACAGGUAGUGUAUUAUAGGAAUGUUAUAUUACAGACAGGUAUACUCCCCGAAAUUGAAAAUAAAAAAACAAAAGAAAACAACAAGAAUAGGACUAGAACGACUCUUCGACGAUAUUCAUCUUUGUUUGAAUUACUUUGUUUGUUGUCACAGAUGACCAACGAGACAUUCGAUCUGGUAGACAUGCACGUCAGAAAAGAAUUAUACAACUGCGUACCAUACUGCCACAAGGAUUGCAUAAACGGUAAAUGCACCGAGCCGGACAAGUGCACCUGUAAUCCAGGCUACGUUAAAGUUAAGGGGGAACGCUGCGAGCCUGUAUGCAGCCGAAAGUGCGUGCGAGGCACCUGUAUAGCCCCUGAGAUAUGCAGAUGCGACGAGGGUUUCGGGCUAACGGGUAGGUCUCCGUACAUCUGCGAGCCUGUGUGCGAGAAAACUUGUGUAAACGGGGUGUGCCUACAGCCAGGGGUUUGCACGUGCCAUCCUGGCUACAAGUUAAGCGGCGACGAGACUAUGCAACACGUAUGCGAACCGUACUGCGAGGAGCCAUGUGAACCGUACGGAAAGUGCACUGAUCCUAACACCUGCACUUGUCUCGAAGGCUACAAAGUAGUUGUUAAGAAGGAGAGACCGAAAUUGUUAUACUUCAAGAACGAUACACCCUGUCAGCCUAUCUGCAAGCAGACGUGCGUGCAGGGAUAUUGCAGUGCGCCAGGGGAGUGCACCUGCAACCCGGGCUACACUAAGUCUAAAGGAACUAACAACAUCUGCGAGCCUAUCUGCAAGGGGAAGUGCGUGAACGGUUAUUGCAGUAGUCCUAACACGUGCGCCUGUAACCCUGGCUAUCAGGCUGUGGUUAACAAUACCAGUACAUGCAUACCAACCUGCGAGCAAGCCUGCAUCUACGGAGACUGCGUUGCACCGAACACUUGUAAAUGCAAGAAUGGCUAUCGUCUGUCCAAAGGUUCUGCAAACGUUUGCGAGCCUGUAUGCGAGAAAGGCUGCAUCUAUGGAGACUGCAUUGCACCGAACACUUGCAAUUGCAAAGAAGGCUAUCGUCUAUCCAAAGGUUCUACGAAUGUUUGCGAGCCGAUCUGCGAGAAAGCCUGCAUCUACGGAGACUGCGUUGCACCAAACACUUGCAAUUGCAAAGAAGGCUAUCGUCUAUUCAAAGGUUCUACGAACAUUUGCGAGCCGAUCUGCGAGAAAGCCUGCAUCUACGGAGACUGCGUUGCACCGAACACUUGCAAUUGCAAAGAAGGCUAUCGUCUAUCCAAAGGUUCCACCAACGUUUGCGAGCCGAUCUGCGAGCAAGUCUGCAUCUACGGAGAGUGCGUUGCACCGAACACUUGCAAGUGCAACGAAGGCUAUCGUCUAUCCAACGGUUCCACCAACGUUUGCGAGCCGAUCUGCGAGCAAGUCUGCAUCUACGGAGACUGCGUUGCACCGAACACUUGCAAUUGCAAAGAAGGCUAUCGUCUAUCCAAAGGUUCCACCAACGUUUGCGAGCCGAUCUGCGAGCAAGUCUGCAUCUACGGAGACUGCGUUGCACCAAACACUUGCAAUUGCAAAGAAGGCUAUCGUCUAUCCAAAGGUUCCACCAACGUUUGCGAGCCGAUCUGCGAGCAAGUCUGCAUCUACGGAGACUGCGUUGCACCGAACACUUGUAAAUGCAAGAAUGGCUAUCGUCUGUCCAAAGGUUCUGCGAACGUUUGCGAACCAGUCUGCGAGCAAAUCUGCAUCUACGGAGACUGCGUUGCACCGAACACUUGUAAAUGCAAGAAUGGCUAUCGUCUGUCCAAAGGUUCUGCAAACGUUUGCGAGCCUGUAUGCGAGAAAGGCUGCAUCUAUGGAGACUGCAUUGCACCGAACACUUGCAAGUGCAACGAAGGCUAUCGUCUGUCCAAAGGUUCUGCGAACGUUUGCGAACCAGUCUGCGAGCAAAUCUGCAUCUACGGAGACUGCGUUGCACCGAACACUUGUAAAUGCAAGAAUGGCUAUCGUCUAUCCAAAGGUUCUACGAACGUUUGCGAGCCUGUAUGCGAAAAAUCGUGCGGGAACAAUGGAUUUUGCGUCACACCAAACACUUGCAAGUGCGACAAAGGCUAUCGUCUAACUAAAGAUUCUGAGAACGUAUGCGAGCCGAUUUGCGAGCAAGUCUGCAUCUACGGAGACUGCGUUGCACCGAACACUUGCAAUUGCAAAGAAGGCUAUCGUCUAUCCAACGGUUCCACCAACGUUUGCGAGCCAAUCUGCGAGGAAUCGUGCGGUGACAGUGGGAUUUGCGUCGCACCAAACACUUGCAAAUGCGAAGAAGGCUAUCGGUCCAUGGACAAUCAAACGAAAUUCACCUGUGAGCCUGUAUGCGAUGUUAAUUGUGGUAACGGCACCUGCACGUCUCCUAACGUCUGCACCUGCCACCCAGGCCACCAGGAAGACACGCAAGGAAGCUGCCAACCCUUCUGCACGUCCUGCGAUCACGGUACCUGCGUUAAACCCGAAUUAUGCGAAUGCGACGAGGGUUACAUCUCGAUUAACCAUGAGAACGUAAGCGUCUGCGAGCCUUAUUGCGGGAAUUGCACGAACGGAAGGUGUGUGGCGCCUGAUAAUUGCGUGUGCAACGCAGGCUUCGCGAUGGAGAUCAACGAUACGUUUAGCAAUCAUAGUUACUGCGUGAACGUGUGCGAAGAUAAUUGCAACGACCACGGAUCCUGCAACGUCGAGAACAAGACCUGCGAUUGUUACUACGGAUGGAACGGUGUACACUGCCAGGAAGCACAGUUUUGCAUCGUGGUGAUCGAUCGAGAUACCGUACAGCUCAACGAAUACUUGAAACUUUUCUCUUACAGAACGAAUAUCGAGCAAAAUGUGAACGAGACGAUCGGCUACCUGUUCUCGAGCAUUCCAUCGUGUUUCUACAAUUGCACCGACGAAAUUACCAACGAGACUACGUGUUACGGGAAAUACAGAAGGGACGAAUUGGAAAAUGACACGAUUGCCUGUUUAAUUAGCACACAGUCCAAUUGCCACAGGAUGUACGCAGAGCAGACGAAAAAUUUCAAUUAUAUCCCGAUAGCAGGAACAGCUGGCCUUGGGACGAUGUCAAUGUGCAGCGCGGCUGCGGUCUUCUUACUGAUACGAAAGUACCAAAGAAGAAAAUAUUCUAUCGGUGAAGCAGAAAACACGUCGAUGCUGAGCGAACCCAAUCAGCAGGUGGAAAACAACCGUCUUUAA